CUAACUUUGGGUGAACAUUGGAAGUUUGUUUCUGAAACUUGAAAAUUCAGGCGCUGCUGGAUCCAGUUCAAGCCCGUCCGGCACGUCCAAGUCCAUAUCCCCUGGCCCAGGUAAAUCUUCACCAGGGAUAGCCAUUGGCUCGCCUAACCAUCCUUGCAUCACCCUUCCCUGUUCCGAGUCUCUGAAUUCACACUGGCCGCAUUUAUAAAGACCUGAAUGCUUCUCUUACCGUCUCCUUGGCACACCUUCCACAGCUGACGACAUGGGACUUGUCGUGGAGUACGGAAACUACAUUGCCAUUGCGGCUGUUCUCACCAUUCUCAUCCGCGCUGUUUCAGGACCCAGGAGAGCCAUCCGACGGAAUGGGGAACCACUGAGAAAACCCCCCGACACCCUCCCCUUGGUCGGCAACGGCAUCAAGUUCCUACAGUCCCGAUGGGACCUCCUCAGCUGGUUCGAUAAAUGCCAGCGCCAGUUCGGCUAUGAGACGGUGGCCCUGAGUGUGCCAACGCUGCCGCCAGGAGUGCUCAUCCACAGUCCGCAAAACCUCGACUUCGUCUUCAAGAAUGAGGGUCUGUUCACUAAAGGCGAGUUUGUGAAGAAGCGGUCGUGGGAUUUAUUUGGAAAUGGUAUCAUCAAUGCGGAUGGAGACUUCUGGAAGCUGCAGCGGAAGGCUGGCUCGGCUUUCCUCAACACAGCCAACCUUCGAGUCCUGACUGAGGUGGCCCUCCCCCAGUAUCUAUCUGAGAGCGUUGAGGAGUUGAAAACCAGCCUUGGCGGAGGGGCGGUUGACUUGCAGCAUGUCCUUCACGAAAUCACCACCAAACUCAUGGGCAAGAUGGCCUACAAUAUGGAAAUGCACGCCAACGACGAUUUCUCCAAGUCCUUCGACUUCGCCUCCGGUGCCACCGCUGAACGCUUCCAGAACCCACUAUGGCCCAUCACCGAGCUGUUCGUCGGCUGCGAAUUCCGCAGAUCCGUCUCCAUCGUCAAGGAGUUUGGCAGACGCAUUGUGGCUAGAGCCGUCCAGGACCGCGGGGAACAACGAUCAAAGGACGGGACCGACGGCCCUCUCGCCAAAGACAGCAAACUGGACCAGAUCUCGGGCAGCCUCAUCCAAUCCCUCCUUAAAGCACUGGGCAACGAACAACACGUGGCCGACGCCGCCCUCACCUACCUUUCCGCCGGCCGAGACACAACCGGCCAAGCGCUAACCUGGACCUUUUACCUUCUCCUCCAACACCCAGAAGCUGUAUCCAAAAUCCGCGCCGAAGUCGCCAGCCUCCUGCUUUCCCAAGAACAACGACAAGACCCCUCCCAUCCACCGCCACCACCAUCAUCCCCGCCCUCCCCAUCAGCAGCCAACCCCACCGACGCCGACCUCGACUUAACACUCUUCACCCCGGCCUCCCUCCCCUACACAACCGCUGUCUUCUACGAGUCCCUCCGCCUGUACCCGCCCAUCCCCUUCGAGAUCCGCCAGUGCCAGGCGCCGACCACCCUUCCUGACGGCACCUUCUUGCCCAAGGGCGCAGUCCUGGUAUGGUGUCUGUGGGCGAUGCAGCGAUCAAAACUCACCUGGGGCGAGGACGCCGACGACUUCAGGCCCGAACGGUUUGUUGUUCCGGAUGAUACGGACAGCAGUACCAGUCUUGGUAACGGGGAGGUGAAGAAGGAUGGUGAGGAAGGGCAGGGGAAGGGGAAAGUGAAGUUUGCGCUGGGCAAGAGCUCGGCCGAGUUCCCUGUUUUCUACGGCGGAGCACGGGCGUGCUUGGGUCGUAAGAUGGCGGAGGCGAUUGCCGCGCAAGUGAUUCCGGCUGUGGUAUGGGGGUUUGAAUUGGAGAAGGCGUGGGAAGGGCCGAUGGAGGGCAGGAGGAGUCAGACGAGUCUGACGUUGCCUAUGGAAGGGGGGUUGCCGGUUAGGGUGAGGAAGAGGGAGGUAGUGAGCUGAGUAGAGAAGCGUGGUGGUUCAGUUAUGGUGACAUUCAGACUUGCGUUAAAUGCGGUGGGAUGCGUUUAGAGGGGCGAUAGACUUGACAGCAGAACUAAUUUUUAUGCGUG